UAUCGGGGUGGGAAGGUUGGAGGGAAUCCCUAUUCCUGGAAGAAAAGGUCAAGACCAGGCGUACCUGGCGUUUCGCGGACAGCACAGGCGGUUGACUUUAAGGUAUUUAUUCCACGUGGACGUUUCUUGGCCCUUUAAUGGUCGGCGUUUUCCAAAGGCCGCCAAUCGGCUACAGACUCCUUAGAUAGUGGCAGCCUCUUCUGCCAAUCGGCUGUUAGAAGCAAACCCCCUCCCCCAAUCGCCCAAUAGUGGUGUAGUGAUGGGUGGGGCUAGCAGUUGCGCGGUGACAUAGUGCUGCGGCGCGCCUCAUUGGCUGGAUCAAACCCAAGCGAGCCACUGAUUGGUCGACGCUGUCGGAGGGUUGCAAUUCAAACGCAGGCGGGCGGCUCUCUGCCCUGCAGUUGCAGUGCUGGUCACCGGGUUCCUAUUUCUCUGCCAGCACCGUCCUCAUGGCCUCCCAAAACCGCGACCCCGCCGCCGCCAGCGUUCCUGCCGCCCGUAAAGGAGCCGAGCCCAGCGGUGGCGCCGCCCGGGGCCCUGUGGGCAAGAGGCUACAGCAGGAGCUGAUGACCCUCAUGAUGUCUGGUGACAAAGGAAUUUCUGCCUUCCCUGAGUCAGACAACCUUUUCAAAUGGGUAGGGACCAUCCAUGGAGCGGCUGGCACGGUAUAUGAAGACCUGAGGUAUAAGCUCUCCCUGGAGUUUCCCAGUGGCUACCCUUACAACGCGCCCACAGUGAAGUUCCUCACUCCCUGCUACCACCCCAAUGUGGACACCCAGGGUAACAUCUGCCUAGACAUCCUCAAGGACAAGUGGUCUGCCUUGUACGACGUCAGGACCAUCCUACUGUCCAUCCAGAGCCUGCUAGGAGAACCUAACAUUGAUAGUCCUCUGAACACACAUGCUGCGGAGCUCUGGAAAAAUCCCACAGCCUUUAAGAAGUACCUGCAAGAAACCUACUCAAAGCAAGUAGCUAGCCAAGAGCCCUGACCUCAGCUGACCAUCCUUUCCUCGUGUCUUCUUCAUUUCCUCUUUAGUCUGUCCUUUUCUUGAUUUCUGUGUAAGACACUGUAUCUUGAGCUGUGGUGUUGUUUUUGUUUUUGUUUGUUUUUUAAAUUUUUAAAUUAAGUCUCUCGCUGAGCCUUUGCAAUGUAUAUUAUUAAAUAAACACAUUUUGGUUGUUUUAGCGCA